UUUUUUUUCAUCAAACAUUUUAAUAUUCAUCUCUUCAAUCUUUUGAAUAUUUCACAUCACAUAUCCUAUUUGUUUAACACAUAUAUACUUUAAUUACCAAGAAUUAAGAUGGAGAACUUCCCAAUUAUCAACUUGGAAAAUCUCAAUGGAGAUGAGAGAUCCAACACUUUGGAACUGAUCAAAGAUGCAUGUGAGAAUUGGGGCUUCUUUGAGUUGGUGAACCAUGGAAUUCCACAUGAAGUAAUGGACACUGUGGAGAAAUUGACAAAGGGACAUUACAAGAAGUGCAUGGAACAGAGAUUUAAGGAACUGGUGGCAAGUAAGGGACUUGAAGCUGUUCAAGCUGAGGUUACUGAUUUGGAUUGGGAAAGCACUUUCUUCUUGCGCCAUCUUCCUGUUUCUAACAUCUCUCAAGUACCUGAUCUUGACAACGAAUACAGAGAGGUCAUGAGAGAUUUCGCGAAAAGAUUGGAGAAGUUGGCUGAGGAGUUACUUGACUUGCUCUGUGAAAAUCUUGAACUUGAAAAAGGUUACUUGAAAAAUGCCUUUUAUGGAUCAAAAGGUCCCAAUUUUGGUACUAAAGUUAGCAACUAUCCACCAUGUCCUAAGCCUGAUUUGAUAAAGGGACUCCGCGCUCAUACAGACGCUGGUGGCAUCAUACUUCUAUUCCAAGAUGACAAAGUGAGUGGCCUUCAACUCCUCAAAGACGAGCAAUGGAUCGAUGUUCCUCCCAUGCGCCACUCUAUUGUGGUUAACCUUGGUGACCAACUUGAGGUGAUCACGAAUGGGAAAUACAAGAGUGUGAUGCACAGAGUGAUUGCACAAACAGAUGGGACUCGGAUGUCACUAGCAUCAUUUUAUAAUCCAGGAAAUGACGCGGUGAUCUAUCCAGCACCAGCUCUAAUUGAGGCAGAGGAAAGCAAGCAAGUUUAUCCGAAAUUCGUGUUUGAUGAUUACAUGAAGUUAUAUGCUGGACUCAAGUUUCAGGCCAAAGAGCCAAGAUUUGAAGCAAUGAAGGCAAUGGAAGCUAAUGUGGAAUUUGUUGAUCCAAUUGCAAGUGCUUAAAGAAAAUGAUGGUUAUGUUCUUGGAAGUUAUACAAACCUGGCUAAUUAAACACAUUAUUUGCUUAUUUAAUAUCACAUAAUUAUACAAAAGAUGGUGUGUGUGUGAGAGAGAGAGAUUGCUGUGUGGUACUAUAAAGGGUUCUAAAGUUUGUAAUAAAAAAUAAUCUGAUAAAUCAAAGCUACUUUAUAGUGA